AUGGGCCUUCAAGGGAAAAUUGCUAUUGUUACUGGUGCGUCAGGCGGUAUUGGUCGCGCCAUUUCAAUGAAGCUCUCCAAUGCGGGUUGUGUGGUUAUCUGCGGUGACAUCCAGGAGACAACAAAGGACGAUACAUCGUCAACUCAUGAGUCUAUCAUUCAGCAAGGAGGUAUUGCAGAGUUUUUGACGUUAGACGUUACCAAUGCCGAGCAUGUGGAAAAUGCAGUUAAAUAUGCGGUUGAAAGGUUUGGCAGAUUGGACAUAAUGGUCAACAACGCAGGAGUGGCAUGGGAGGGAAAAGAUCCAAAACCGAUAUGGGACUUCCCUCAGGAUACCUGGGACAAGGAUAUCGCUAUUAACUCCACCGGCGUCUUUUUGGGAUGCAAGUAUGCGACUGCACAAAUGAUUAAACAAUCCCCUUUGGCUUGUGGAGACAGAGGUUGGAUUCUCAACUUAUCCAGCGUUUUUGGCUUGCAAGGGUCAGUCCUAUUGGCUGGUUAUGUGGCCUCCAAACACGCCGUAAUGGGUAUCACAAAGGCUGCAGCCCUGAGACUGUGCCCCUCAUCGCAUACAUAUACUGAUACUGCAUUUAUCUCGUCAUUAUCCGCCGACGAACGGUCAGUGGCGGAAAGAUUACACCCAUUUCGUGGAUUGGGGCGGGCCGAAGACAUUGCAAAUGCCGCUUUAUUCCUAGUUUCCGAGGAGAACUCGUGGAUAAGUGGGGUUGGACUUCCUGUCGAUGGCGGAUACACCACUAUGUGA